GCCUCGCCCCCUACCCGUCCGUGCCCCAGGCCCCAAACCCCACGGCCUCGUCGCCGCGAAUAUACCUCGCCUCCGCCCCCGUUCCCCGCCCUCGCAUUAUUACCUCGCCCCGCCCCCUCCUUAUAUAGAGCAGAGCUCACUCCAUUCACGCGGACCGGGCAGCAGCGACGGCGCGAACUGCGAAGCACCGACACCUUGCUGGGGCUGGGCGGCGGCGAUGGGGCUGCUGUCGAACCGGGUGGAGCGGUCGGAGAUCAGGCCCGGCGACCACAUCUACACCUGGAGGGCCGUCUACGCCUACUCCCACCACGGUAUUUAUGUUGGAGGAAGCAAAGUGGUCCAUUUUACACGAAAGAAGGAAGUUGAAUCUUCAGAUUCAUCCAACUCCAUCUCAAGCCUGAUAUCAGAGGCUUCAUCAGAGUGCCCAACAUUCCCAGACUGUGGUUUUCAGCUGCCAGAUAGUGGUGUUGUCCUCACCUGCUUGGAUUGCUUCCUUCGCAAUGGCUCACUGUACUGCUUCGAGUACGGAGUGCCAUCUGCAAUUUUCCUUGCCAAACUCCGUGGAGGGACCUGCACCAUUGCCCAAUCAGACCCAUCGGAGGUUGUGGUCCGGAGAGCCAUGCACUUGCUCCAAAAUGGGUUUGGUAACUAUGACAUGUUCGAGAAGAAUUGCGAAGACUUUGCACUCUACUGCAAGACUGGGCUUCUACCCAUGGAUGAACCUGGCAUUGGGGCGAGUGGGCAAGCAUCUUCCGCUAUUGGCGUGCCAUUAGCAGCUCUUCUGUCCACUCCGUUCAAGCUUUUCGCUGCCGGUCCACUUGGAAUGGCCACUGUCACGGCUGGGAUGUACUGUGCUGGUAGAUACAUCACUGACAUAGGAGUAAGAAAGGAUGUCACAAAAGUUGAAGUGGAGAACUUAUCGUCGCACCUUGGUUUCCGCCGCAUUGAAGAUGCAGAGUCGGUGAACAAGAGCUCGGAUAAAGUGAAGAACUUGCUCCCGAUGAAGAGAAAACGUGAGAGGUGACUUCGGUGGCACAGUUGGGAGUAUAACCUUCUCUGCCUUUCGUCGAUAACUGGUGCAGAACUGUGGAUAAUACCAAAUCUAUGCUUCACUACAAUAAGCUCGAUUAAUAUAUAUAUAGAUAUGUAACUGUGAAGUGUGCGCUGAUUUGGUUGAGUGCACACUGCACAUGAUCCAUUGAACAACUCUCCAAAACUGGAUAUAUGAUGGAAAUUCUGCAGUUUGGUCACUGAAGCCAGCAAUACUCUUACUGUUUGGUCUAUUAGUACGAUAGCUCGCAGUUUAGGUGUUCCACUGUCUGUUCUUUUCAUUCUCUACGAAUCAACAGUUAAUAUUCUCGGGAGGUUUUCAGGAGUAAGUUGCAUUGGAUUCUUUC